CGCAACAGGCCUUCCUUCUUCUUCUUCUUCUUCCUCGUCAAGCUCUCUCCCCACUGAAACAAAAUUUUCCGAGAAUCAAACAUAGCCAUCUUCGAACAAUUCAAGCUGGAGUGGAAGAGAGGGAAAGGAGGGAACCCGUUGGUGAGGGGAAUAAGAUCGAGGUUGUUAAGGCCCAAGUCGAUGCCUUUAAAUACUGUUGUCAACGCUCGUGACGGUUCCUCUCGUAUUGUUUUGUCCGAGCCUAGCGGAUCUCGUGCUGAGGUGAGUCUAUAUGGAGGACAAGUUGUUUCUUGGAAGAAUGAAAGGAGAGAGCAGUUGCUCUAUAUGAGCACCAAGGCGCAAAUGAAGCCACCUAAGGCGAUCAGGGGAGGGUUACCUAUCUGUUUUCCACAGUUUGGUAACUUCGGUGCACUCGAGCGACAUGGAUUUGCCAGGAACAGGUUCUGGUCUUUUGAUAACGAUCCUUCCCCUCUCCCUCCUGCUAACCAGCAAUCAACUGUUGAUUUAGUGUUGAAGUCUACUGAAGAUGAUCUGAAAAUAUGGCCUCAUAGCUUUGAGCUUCGUGUUCGCAUAUCUAUCAGUCCUGGCAAGCUUACUAUAAUCCCGCGUGUGAGGAACACGGACCCCAAGGCAUUCUCCUUUAUGUUUGCACUUCGUAACUACUUAUAUGUAUCUGACAUAAGUGAAGUUAGGGUUGAAGGUUUGGAGACUCUUGAUUAUCUGGACAACUUGAUGCGUAGAGAAAGAUUCACUGAGCAGGCAGAUGCAAUAACCUUUGACGGUGAGAUUGAUAGAGUGUACUUGAACACGCCGACAAAGAUUGCAAUCAUAGAUCAUGAGAGAAAGAGAACUAUCGAGUUGCGAAAGGAAGGCAUGCCAAAUGCAGUUGUGUGGAACCCAUGGGACAAGAAGGCAAAGAGUAUUGCUGACAUGGGGGACGAGGACUACACAACAAUGCUAUGUGUAGACUCUGGUGCUAUAGAAACUCCAAUCUUGUUGAAACCAUGUGAGGAGUGGAGAGGCAGGCAGGAACUCUCUAUCGUCUCAUCAAGCUACUGCAGUGGUCAGCUUGAUCCACGUAAGGUUCUUUACGGGGAUCACUGAUAUUCAUCAACCACUACAAACUAAUAUAUAAAACAAUAAAUAUUUAAUCUGUCUUCAUGGAUAAAAGCAAUAAUAAUGCCCCAACAAAUCUAUGAUAAUGAGUUCCUGACUGACAUACAGAGAGAGAGAUUGGCAAAUGUGUAGUAUUUAUGUAACGUUGCCUUCUGUGUGACUGUCAGGGACUCAUCAAUGUGUAUGGUUUUACCCCCCCAGAAACAUCAGUCUUAUAAAUGAAUUUUGUCUUCUUCAUAAGAACA